AUGUUGAGAUCUUCUUUGCGUACAUCUUUGCCUUCUUCCAAAAAAUUGGCAUCGUCUCUGGUAACUACCAGAACUAAAGUGUCUCUUCCAGAUUUGAGAUGGGACUUCCAUGAGCUGGAACCAUUUAUUAGUGGCAAAAUCAAUGAGUUACAUUACACUAAACACCACCAAACCUAUGUAAACGGUUAUAAUGCUGCAAUUGAGCAAUUGUCUGAGGCUAAGGAGACCAAUAACACACCUAAGGUGAUCGAGCUACAGCAGGCGCUCCGCUUCCAUGGUGGAGGAUAUGUUAAUCAUAACCUCUUUUGGGACAAUUUGGCUCCUCCAAAACAAGGAGGUGGAGAGCUUCCAUCUGAGUCUUCUGAUUUUUCUAAGAAAGUCAUUGAAGAGUACGGUUCUUUCGAUUCACUGAUAAGCCUUACCAACUCUAAGUUGGCAGGUAUUCAAGGUUCCGGUUGGGCCUUUAUUGUAAAGAAUAAGGAGAAUGGCUCGGUUGAGGUUGUGCAGAGACCAAAUCAGGAUACUGUUUCCGGUAGUUUGGUCCCUUUGGUUGCUAUUGAUGCUUGGGAACAUGCCUACUAUCUACAGUACCAGAAUGUCAAAGCUGAUUAUUUCAAGGCAAUCUGGAAUGUUAUCAAUUGGAAGGAAGCUGAAAAGCGCUUCGCCAAAUAA